AUGAGCAGGCGGAGGUUUGGGGACUAUCCGAGUCGGUCUUCGGCUAGGGACCGCGAGGAGACCGACGAGAAUCGUCGAUCGUACUCGGGUCGGGUUUCGCGUUAUUCACGACCCGAACCGGAAGCCCGGGUGGAGUACGAUACGCGUCGUUAUCAUGACGGCGGCAGAGAUAGGCAGCCGCUGAAACUGUCAGGGUUGAGCGCGGAUGUGCCUGUCUCCCAAUCGACGUCGAUGAAGUUUCAAUGGAACCAUUUGCUCGCCCAGAAACCCGACGGUUCGAACCCGACCAUGAAUCCGGGUUUGAACCGACCAGGCUUCGGUUUUGGCAACGACAGUAGCUCUUACAGGCUGAAUGCUGAAAAUCGUUAUGCCGGAGGAAGCGGGAAAAGUGGGGUUCCGGAUCCGGGUGUGGACCCCAGCAGGAAAUAUGGGUAUUUUCAUGGUGGCUUGACGUCGCCAUUGGCAAAAUCCCAUGUGGGUGUUCCAAAAGUUGACGAUUUUAGGCAUGGGGACCACCGUCAAUACAUGGGUCAAGAAGAUAAGACGCAUUCAAGUGGUUUAAAGGAGGGUUUUCGCGGCCUUUCAGAUCAAUUCAACAGAAGCAGAGAAAUGGCUGCGGAGGGACGUAUUGGCCUUGGUGGGUAUUCUUCUCAAGGUCAAGCACCACGACUGAAUGAGUUGCUGGACUCAAAUUGGGCUCAGCAUAGCCCAAAUGGGGACUACAAUGACCCUGGAGUGAAGAGAAGCGAGCAUGGUGAAAUGGGUACCUUUCCCAUUCGUGACCUUCUCUGUAAAAAUAUUGCAAAUAGUGUUGGAGAAGACAUCAGACCUCCAAGCUAUUUGAGGCCUAGCAUUGUGGAUUCCAUUAUGGACAGAAUUGAUGGUGCCAAUGGCGCACUUCGAGUAGGUACUCAGGAGAUUAGCCAGUGGAACCAAUAUCAUAACUUUACAGAACAGACACAACCGACUAUACCCAGUUAUCAAUCCUUGGGUACUGAACAAUCAUUGCCUGAUUAUUCUGAAGCUUUGGGUUCCAGUUCGAGAACCCGGGACUUCGGAUUUGGGGGAGAUGAUGCUCUUGAAAGAGGGCUUGAAGCUUUGUCAUAUGAAGGUGCAUUGAAGAGAUUAGCUCGGCUUGAGGGUGAUCCAGGUUUGGACGAUGUGACCACUCUGGAAAUGUGCGCAAUGAGAAAACGAGCUCUGGCUAAGCGACGAAGAGGGAAUGACUCAAAAUCUGAGUUGUUCCAUGAUUUGAGCGACUCUUGCAAUGUACCUGACUUGAGUUAUGAGGACAAUCAGUUGACUAAUGAUGAUGUAGAACAAUAUGCGACCAUUGGAGAGGGUCAGUGGAACAUUGACCAAGCUCUGAAUUUGGGAGAGGAUCGGCUGAAUAUUAACCCAAAUAUGAACUUUGGAGACUAUCAACCGGGCAUUGCCCGAGAUGUGACCUGCGAAGAGGAUCAAUGGAACAUUGAACAAGAUGUGAGCUGUCGAGAGGCCCAAUGGAAUGCUGAAGAUAUCAACAAGUUGAAUUCUGACAAUGUGUUGCCAUCCUCUAAAAUGCAAGAGCAUCAUGGCGAACAAUUCAAAUCUGCCAGGGUAGAUAUAAAGAAGCGUUUGGGACCUUUGACAUCAUCUGGCAGUAUAAGGAAGCGUUUGGAACCUUUGAACACGCCUGGCAGUGUAAAAAAGCGUUUGGGACCUUUGAAAUCGCCUGGCAGUGUAAAGAAACAUCUGGCGCCUGCUCAAAAUGUUCCUGAUCCCAAAUACUUAGGUCAUAAACUUGAAGAUCAAUACAAAUCUCGAAUAAGAGAAACAGAUGAUUUUAGUGGAAGCAUUCAUCUUCAAGGGGGUGGUCUUCCAAAAGUUGAGGGGAAACUUGCAAAAAAAGCACUCCCUGAAGAUUCUGAGGAGUUCAAGAGGCUGGUAGAUAGCACCUUUCUUAAGUACAUGAAGGGUUUGCAUGAGAACCCAGCUCUAAAAAGGAAAUUCAUGGAAGGAGAAACUGUUACUACAAAGUGUUGCAUAUGUGCCAGCAACUCGAAAGAAUUUCCAGGCACGGUACCCUUGGCAACACAUGCCUUCAUGUCACCUAUGGUUGGUUCCAGAGCAGAGCACUUGGGUUUUCAUAAAGCACUUUGUGUGCUGUUGGGAUGGGACAGUGCAGCAGUCUCCAAUGGUACAUGGAUUCAACGGUGUUUGCCUGAUGCUGAAGCCUCGGCUCUGAAGGAGGAUCUAGUUAUCUGGCCUCCGGUUGUUGUCAUCCACAACAGUUCCAUAGCAAAUAAAAAACCGGAUGAAAGGGUGAUUGUAAGUAUUGAAGGGCUUAGGGCUAUUCUUAAAGGUAUAGGAUUCGGUGGGGGGAAGACCAAGGUGUGCCGCGGGAAACCUGCAAAUCAAAGUAUCUUGGUAGUGACAUUUAAUGCCACAUUUUCUGGUUUGCGAGAAGCAGAAAGACUUCACAAGCUUUUCGCUGAGAACAAACACGGGAGGGUGGAGUUCCAGAAAAUCAGUUCUGCUGGCCUCAGAAACAGCAGCAACGGAAAGCAAGAGUUGCUGGCAGAUGAAGCAAAUUGUUUAUAUGGCUAUUUGGGAAUUGCAGAGGAUUUGGAUAAACUCGAAACUGAGACCAAGAAGCGGUGUGUGGUGAAGAGCAAGAGAGAGAUCCAGGCUAUUGCUUGUACUUCGCUUAGAAACGAAUGA